UGUAGUCGUGUUCGCAUAGAUACUGGUUUGUUUACUAUUGAUAUUUUGAUGGGCUACAAUAGUUUACAGGAAAUUUAGGCCGAUAUAUUUUUAGGUAUGCCCGAGGUACGGUAAUUGUCAUCAUAAUGUUAUCUUCAGGCUCAGAAAGCGAAGAUGACGUCGUGGAAAGGUUGUUGGAUCUAGGCCGACAAAAUGAAAUUCCUAGGCGAAGAAUUUAUUUACCACGGUCGAAUCCAUUUGAAGAGUACGAUGAUAAAAAAUUUGUUAUGAGGUACCGUUUGUCAAAAGAAACUGUUGUUCGUGUUUUGGCGCAAAUUGAAGACAACCUGACAUUCAACUCUAAUAGAAACAGGCCUGUAUCACCUAUGAAUCAGCUUUUGUUGUCUCUGAGGUUUUAUGCUACUGGUGCAUUUAUGGUUGUGUGUGGUGACUUGGUAGGGAUCCACAAAUCUACUGUCUCAAGAAUAAUAAAGAGAGUCACCUACAAUUUGGCAAUGUUGGGUCGUAAUGUAAUAAAAAUGCCCAGCAACGAUAUUGAAAGAAGAUCUGUGAUGAGAAGUUUUCAUAGCAUUGCUGGGUACCCUGGAGUGAUUGGUUGCAUAGACUGCACACAUAUUCCAAUACAGUCCCCUGGUGGAAAUAAUGCAGAGCUGUAUCGUAACCGUAAGCAGUAUUUUUCAAUCAAUGUUCAAGCAGUAUGUGAUUCAAACUUAUUGUUAACCAAUGUUGUUGCACGGUGGCCGGGAUUUACCCAUGACAGCACCAUUUUUAAUCAGAGUAGUAUUCGUGCUCAGCUUGAGACCGGAGACAUUCCGGAGGGUGUAUUACUCGGUGAUAAUGGCUAUGCAUGUAACCACUUUUUGCAUACACCCUUACUCCAGCCAGCCACUAGAGCUGAACUCAGGUAUAAUUCAUCUCACAAGGCUACAAGAAACACCAUUGAAAGGACGUUUGGUGUUCUUAAAAGACGUUUCCCAAUCUUGGCAAUGAAACUGCGUGUGAAACUGGACACAGUACUUCAGGUGAUAGUAGCUACAGCAGUGCUUCAUAACAUUGCGAUAGCUUCCAAGGAAGGUGAAGCUCCAGUGGAUCCCGAUGUCAACCCAGGUGUACAAGCUUAUGGUCCUGUUCCGGUGCCCGUGCAAGAUAGGCCACAAAGAAUACAAGCGACAGCAGCACGUACGGCAUUGAUAAACACAGUUUUCAGUGACUAAUGUGACUGCAAAGAAUGUUACGAUUUAACAGUAUGUGGAUUGGGCAGCUUGGCAGUUAGAAAUUUUAUAAUAGCGUUGAUAAACUGUGUCUUGAUCAUACAACACAUAUUGUUUACAGUAGAGCAUUCUAGU